AACAAACACUGCUGCCAGCGAACUAGUCUGACUGAGAGUUUGCGGUUGUGACAGCAGGCUGUGCGAGAGUGGGAGAAGGUGCUCAGGGGUCCCAUCAGACAUGGGAGCGGUCCUGGACCUGCCCCAGCGCAGAUUCUCUGCCCCCGGGGGCUGAGACCUGAGCACAGACGAUGCGUUUACGUGGGAGUGCAAACAGUAAACUCUGUUUCCUGCUCUCCCUGACUCUCUGCGCUUCUCUUCUGCUCCUGAUGGGACUCCAGCAGUGGGGACCCUCGGAUCUGCAGCUCUCGCGACCCCUGCGGCCCUUGAGACAAUCCCCCAAAACUCCUGGAAAUGCAACCGAGGAUGGAAGCAUCUCCGAGCUGGAGGCACGAACAGGAACCGUCAGACGUCCCUCAGCUGGGCGGUUCAUGACUGACUCCAGCAGCGCAAUAGAAAGGGAGUCUAGCCGGCACCAAGUUGCAAAACCAGCCAAACUUCUUCGGACUCGUGUCAAAGAUAAAGAGCUGCAGGGUUUUGUGGAGAACCCGACAGUGACUGCUCAGCUUGGUCCUGGAUCGGAGGAGAAAGCUGCAGCGCUGCUGUGGGACGCCCCCCUGCACAGCAAACAUAAAAUGCAACUCAGUGACAUUUUUAUUGCUGUGAAAACGACUCGGAAGUAUCACAAAGCCAGACUGGAUCUGCUCUUUCAGACCUGGAUCUCACUGGUACAGGAACAGACGUUCAUAUUCACAGAUGGGGAAGACAAAGAAUUACGAGAAAAGGCUGGAGAUCGCAUGAUUAACACAAACUGCUCUGCUGCACAUACACGCCAAGCACUUUGUUGUAAGAUGUCUGUUGAAUAUGACAAGUUCAUUGAAUCCAAAAAAAAGUGGUUUUGCCAUGUUGAUGAUGAUAAUUAUGUAAAUAUUCGCAGUCUGGUCUACCUGUUAUCUGCAUACUCGCACACACAAGAUAUUUAUAUUGGUAGACCAAGCCUUGAUCAUCCGGUGGAGGCAGCAGAGAGGGUGAAGAGUGAUGGGUCGACAUCCGUGAAGUUCUGGUUUGCUACAGGAGGAGCUGGGUUCUGUAUCAGCCGUGGACUGGCACUAAAGAUGAGUCCAUGGGCCAGCUUUGGGAACUUUAUAAGUACGGCAGAGAAGAUUCGUCUCCCUGACGAUUGUACAAUUGGCUACAUCAUUGAAGGUCUACUGGAGGUGAAGAUGAUUCACAGUGAUCUGUUCCACUCACACCUAGAGAACCUGCAGCAGAUCCCACCACCUAUUAUCCCCAGACAGGUCACCUUAAGUUAUGGAAGUUCAGAAAUCAAGCGGAACAUACUGAGAGUCCAAGGACCUUUCAGUCUAGCGGAGGAUCCUUCACGGUUCAAGUCUAUACAUUGCCUCCUCUAUCAUGAUGCCUGGUGUCCUGACAAAGACAGACACUGACUAAUGAAAACCAUUCUGAACCCUUUCUCCAUCAGCUGCAUUCCUUUUGAACAACUCCAAGUGAGCCAAAAAGGAUCUUUAUAAUAACAAGGAAGAGUAAGACUGUGAAGGUCCAAAACAAAAUGAAGAAUUGCUUGGUGUACAUUAUUCCUACACAACCAUAUGUCACAUUUUUUUGGUGGGUCUAAAACAACUACAUGUGUUCUGCAAAUGGAAGCAGAAACCAACUCUUUAGCUGCCCUAGUGAAAAUUUCAAGUCUUAGUUGAACUGACAUUCACAUCCCUGACCCUUUACCUUAGGUGUGCCUGUUAUAACAGGAUUCACUGGAGUGCGUCUGCAAUUAAUUUGUGUCAAAGCUGACUGCCAAAGUGCUAAUGUUACCUCUUCUAAAUUUAAUCUUCUCUUCUGCUUUAUAGUUUGGGGUGGUAAAUUAAACUAUAGGUUGGCUUGAUACAAGCAGAGACUUGGAGUCCCUCAAAAAUGACAUUUCUUGUACUUAUAGUUCCCGUGCAUACAAAGAUCUUUGGCAAAAUACUAACGGAUGGUUAUGGGAUGGUGCCAUCCUGGUAACUUGGAGUCCUCUAUAUAUAUCUGGUGUAAAUGAGUUUAGUGUGUGCAAUUCAGUUCUAGGAGUAACACGUUGGCAGAUUGUCGAUGGUUGUUAUGCAGUUCUAGACAGUCAACAGUAAAACUCUGUGCUUUCUUACAGAGACGUCGCGUUCCUUAAUGUAGCAAUUGACACUUACAUCUCUGUGAGAUGGUGUGAUUUUCUAUAGAUGUAUAUCACUGUGGCUCUAUAGUGCCAUAUAAUAUGAUUUUGGGACAUUUGCCACUGAAUCAUUGAAAUGUGCACUGACUGACCAUGUAGAGUCGCAUUCUUGAUUUUCUAAAUUUGAACCAGAUUGAAAUUAGUGCUGUGGCUACCAGUUAUUUUGGUAAUUGAAUGUCUGUUGGUUAUUGAAAUGCUUUGAUUGCGUUCUUGGUCAAACAAAAUCAUCGUAAAAUAGUCUGACUUUCUAAUUAAAUGAGUUCGCAUUACCUGUAUAGUAUUAUAUUAACAUUGCCAUGCUAAAUAAUUCAUCUAGUUCUAUUGCAUUAAGUUUCAUCAAAAGCCUAUCCAGUGCGGCAGAGACUAAAACGAGUUUUGGUACUCACUUUACUGCAGUAGUGUUAUCAAUUUCUGUUGCACAAUAUUUGAAAAACCAAGUUGUCUGUAGUACGCAACCAACUCCAUACAAGCUGAUGUCAUUUAAAUUGAUUUUCAUUUGUUUUAGAUAAAUUACAACUACCGGAACUGCAUGUGAAAUAACUGCACAUCUUCUAGUUUGAGAUGGUCAAUAAACUGGCUUGACUUGACCUGGAAUGAAUGUCCAGAAGGGAUAUAUAGUCUCAAUUUUACAAAUAAAAAUUUCCAACAUCCCCAAUACAAAUGUAACUUUGUAUACCAAUUACACCAGUCACCAAUUUAUCUUUUUGGAGUAGUUAAUAUUUGCUGCUAUUCUAGACAGGAUUUUGUGAUUUUUUUUUAAUAGUACUCUGCAAAGUGCUAACUUAAAAAUAAUGUAACUGUGGGCUGCCUUGGAGGUUCUUUUGGCAUGUCCACAAUGAUUCUGAUGCUCCAAAGUGACAGCCAUGUUUGAAAGAACUACACCUCACAAGUGUUGAUUUGGUCUUCUGACCGUCCUUGUUUCCUUCACAGGGUGACUAAUGCUGGCUCUGCUUCCUCCCCAUUAAUUUUUUUUUCUUUUCACGGGAUGUGGGCAUCGCUAGCAAGACCAGCAUUUUACUUGCCCUUGAGAAAGUAGUAGCCUUCUUGAACUGCUGCAUGUGGCGUAGGUAGACUUUGUAGCGAUUUUGAUACAACUGAGUGGCUUGCUAGGCCAUUUUUGGGCAUUUAAGAGUCAGCCACAUUGCUGUGGGUUUGGAGUCACAUGUAGGCCAGGUAAGGAUGACAGAUUUUCUUCCCUAAGGGACAUUAGUGAACCAGCUGGGCUUUCAUAAUAAUGGUUCCCUGGUCACUUUUACUAAGACUAGCUUUUUAAUUCCAGAUUUAUUAACUGGAUUUAAAUCCACCAGCUGCCGUGAUGGGAUUCAAGCCCAUGUCCCUACAGCACUAGGCUGGUGACAUUACCAUUAUGCCACCACCUCCCCAUAAAUAACUAAUGCCAGUUUUGUUUGCACCAGAAAAAGAACUCCAAAAGUUGGGAUCCAGAGGGUUAUAUAGCUGGGGUAGUGGAGAUUUACAUUUUCCUGGAAUUAACCAGAAGUCAGUUUGGUUAUCAGUUCUUCUUCUUGUAUGUUAUACUCAGUUACUGAUACCAAGAAUUUUGACAAGCAUGCCUCUUGCCUGGUUUGUAGCACACAAAUAUACAGACCUCAAGGAAUGGGUAUUGAGAUAUUCACUAACAUUCAGCCUAGAUUACGUGUGUCUAGGAGUGGGAUACAAGUCCAUGAAUUGGAGGCUAGAGUGCCAAGCUGACAUAGUUAGAGAGAAAAUCCCACUUCUAGUAGCAUGUGCAUACAUCACAUGGCCCCAUAAAUUUGAUUAUACUGGAAUUGUUUGCACAUAGCACUCCCAAUGGGAACGCUGGCUGCACAUACAAACAAAGGUUUUUCCAGAGAUUGCUCAGUAUGCAUCAUAUUACAGCACAUGGAUUUGAAUCUUUAAUUUCUGCUUGAAUGUCCCAGUGUACAGUUAAAACACAUGCUUUAAAUUAGUAACUGUUAAUUCUCUUUUUUAUAAUCAUUAUCAAGUAAUUCUAAACAAAUGUGAAUAUUGUACUGGAUAAUAGUGACCUAAUUAUAUGAUUUGUUCUUCUGUUCACGACUUUUUUGCCUCCCAGAAUUGUUCAUCCUAUGAGGCCUUAGUUUUUCCACUGUAAGCUAAGAAAUUUGAGAGAUGAUGGACUUGCCUGUAACUGAAGACUAGUGAGACAAUGUUCAAUUACCAGUAGUGUGUUUUGUUAAAGUCUGAUUAGCGCGCACAAUUCAAAUUUUCAGCUGAAGUUUUGUGGGAAAUUGUAAAGCGUGAAAGAGGAUGUAGUGAAUGUGCAUCGUGUAAACUUAACAAAGAGUGGCAAGUGAUAAAUGAGAAGGUAAAAAUGUAGGUCCCAAUAUUCCUCAGUCUCCUGACAGAGCCAGUGGAACUUCUAUGAAAAUUAUGAAGACUUGGUUACACUAGUUCUUGGUUAUCUCCAAGAAUUUCCUGUUGAGCUGCAAGGAGCAAAACAAAGAAAAUUGCAGCACAGGAACAGGCCCUUUGACCCUCCAAGCCUGCGCUGAUCAUAUUGCCUGUCAACUAAAACAUUUUGCACUUCCGGGGUCCAUAUCCCUCUAUUCCCAUCCUAUUCAUGUAUUUGUCAA